ACGUCGCCGCCAUUUUGUGGUAUGCGAGACACGACGAUGGUGUUUCUUUCAGUGUUUUUCGGGAACUGAGAAUUAGUUUCAUGUUAUUUUCGUGCCCGAGAAAAUGACGCAGUUUCUACCGCCGAACUUGUUAGCCCUUUUCGCACCGCGGGACCCAAUACCAUAUUUACCCCCCGUUAGCAAGCUCCCGCACGAGAAGAAGAAUGGAGGCUAUAUUGGAGUCGGAACUUUUCUUAAAUACUUCGAGGACCCUAAAGACACACCACCACCGGUACGUGUGGAAACAAGAGAAGAACGUCUUGAACGUAGAAGAAGAGAACGUGCAGAACAAGUUGCAUAUAAAUUAGAACAGGAAAUCGCAGUAUGGGAUCCUGCUGGUAUACCGAAUGUAACUGCGGAUCCUUUCAAAACUCUUUUUGUAGCACGAAUUAAUUAUGAUACAUCUGAAUCCAAACUUAGAAGGGAAUUCGAAGUAUAUGGACCAGUAAAAAAGAUAGUAGUAAUUCACAAUACAAUAAAUGGGAAACCUAGGGGAUAUGCUUUCAUUGAGUAUGAGCACGAAAGAGACAUGCACUCGUGGUGGCCGCUGCCGGCAACUAGUGCCGUUCACUAUUCCAUGCAAUCCCUGAACCUGCCUGAUAUGAUAGCUGCUUAUAAGCAUGCGGAUGGUAAGAAAAUAGAUGGUCGCAGAGUGUUGGUCGACGUGGAACGUGCUAGGACCGUGAAAGGAUGGCUUCCGCGAAGGCUCGGUGGCGGACUGGGAGGUACGCGAAGAGGAGGGCCCGAUGUGAACAUUAAGCAUUCUGGUCGGGAAGAUAAUGAGAGAGAACGAGAACGGUAUCGUUUGGAACGGGAGAGGGAGAAUUCUGGACGCCUUGAUAGAGACCGAGAUCGCGAUCGAUUGGAUAGAGAGCGUAGAAGGUCGCGUGAUCGUAAAAGAAGAACUAGAAGCAGAUCGCGCGAUCGAAAACGUAGACGCAGUCGCGAUCGUUUGCCUGAUCCGGACAUUGAAGAGAUACAAAGGGAUGAACGACCCCGCGAUAGGAGGGAUCGUGAUCGUGAUCGCGAUCGUGACCGGGAUCGUAAGAGGAGACGUUCCAGGAGUAACGAUCGCGAUCGUGACCGUGAUCGCAAGAGGGACAAGCGCGAUCGCGAUCGCGAACGAAGAGACAGAAAAGAUCGGGGUGAUCGCCAAGACGAGGAUACAAAAGAAAUACGAAUUAAAGAAGAGCCUUUGGACGAUUACCCCGAUUACAGUAACACUUUUUCAACAUCUGGAUCAUACUUCACUGCCGUCAAAUAUGAAGACGAUAAUGACCAAGAGGUGGAAGAGAAGUACAGGAUUCCAGAAGGUCGUCCAGAUCCCCCUCCCUACAAUAAUUACGACUCCGUGCAGGACUACUGAUCUCAAUAAUAUUUCUCGCCUUAUAAUACAUUUUUUCGUUACCACAUACGGUGAAUUAACGCACUUGUCAAUAAUGUAUUGUAUUUCCCAUUGUUGUUAGUGUAAUACCGAACCGACCGUAUUGAGUAUCUAGUUACUCUACAGCGACCGGAUACUCAGUAAGGAUAUUGCAAGGUAAGCUGAUCUGGACUACUGGUUUGUACGCAGUUAUUUCUAUCGGGUUCAUUAGAAAUUUUAUAUAUUUACGGUUAAACGGUGCGAAAGUAAUACUUCCGGUAAAUAAAUUUAGACGCAUUGAAUAUAUUAGCAGAAAUGCAAUCGCGAAUUAUAAUCAUUGUAGCAGUCCGUAUGGAAGCCUCGCAAUAUGGAAAUUGAGAUCCUUGAUCAUUCAAAUUCUAUUGCGACUACUAUAAUUUCAAUAUUCUCUAAUAUGUGUACAUAAGUGAUUAUAUAAGACAUGCUACAUAAAUUUAGUUCAUUCAUGACUGCAACAUGUAUAUUUAUAUAUACAAAUAAAUUACUACACUUAA